UGUGGUAUAACCGUGUGAGUUAGGUAAUGUUUGUUAGGUUCUACAGUUCUAAUCUUUGUUACUGUAAUCAAAUUGUGCACGGUUUAUCCUUCGAAGGAUUUCACGAUGAUGAAUAAGAAGUUUAAUAUUCUGGCAGGUUGGUAUCUGGUCGCGCAGUUAUUACUGGAUACUUUCUGUCAAAAAAUUGCCGUUUCCGCCCAGUCCUUCCCGGUGUUUUCCCAGAGUUCGUACAGUUUUACAGUCACCACUUGCGGAGCCGGUACCUACGUCGGCCAAGUGUGGGCCAGCGGCGCCACUUCGUACUCUACCGACAAUUCCUUCGUCAUCAGCAUUGAUCCUUCUUCCGGCGCAUUAUCUCUCAGCGCCACCAUCGCCUCCACGACGACCUUUAACGUGAUCGCACGAAACCAGUACGGUUCUACACAGGCGCCGGUGACCGUGUAUGCCAACUGCGGCGGCGGAAACACUGGGACGGGUUUCAUCCCCAACACUGUGUAUACUUCCGACGUCAACUAUGCGACAUACACAAAUCCAGUGUACAACAACAAUCCGGUACAGUAUGUUAGCAACGGUAUUCCGACCACGGUAAUCGACUACAACACGCCGGUGGCGUACUCCAGCAACAAUGUUUUCCCAUACUCUUCGUAUUACAAUGGCUAUAUUGGAUGGGAUGGAGUAUAUAAAAGUGGAAAUACAUGUUACGGUAACUGGUGUCCUUACGGUGGAGCUUGGGGCCGCGGAAAUCGCUAUAAUAAUGCAUAUGGCCACUGGUCACUGUAAUUCGUUGUGAUGCAAGUUUUGAUUACUUUGCUCGAUCUUUGUCGUUGCAUCUUUCACAACAAAAUUGUAAUUUAUAUAAUACACUUGAAUAAUAUGUUUUGUAAUAAAAAUUGUUCAUGCAGUUAAAAAUUUGAAAGUAAAACCGCUCACUGAGUGAGCGGCUAUAAUUAAAUUUAGAGUGAUACUG